UCUUUUUGGCGCUUUAGCCUCCGACGCCCCACCGUCACUAGCGCGAGAAGUCGUAGGCGCGCGCCGUCGUUCCUGCCCGUCGUCACCCGUCGUCUGCCGUUCGUGAGUAGACGUCCGAGUGUGUGUGUAAUCGUCUUCGCCUACCUCCGAGGAUGGCCGCGAUGCUGUCCAACUGUUCGCGGUUCGCGCCUCGCGUGAUCACGCGGAGCAACGCAUUGCGGGCCGAGGUCGCGAGAUCGUUGUGUAGUCAAGGACGCACUGUAGUUAUCCACACUGAACGUGUGUCCAACGCCAAAGCUCUAUUAUGUAGAAAGUACAAGACAAGCUAUUGUUGGAUAAAUCAAUCGAGACAUAUACGUUCAACUUCAGUGUUAUGGGAGAUAAGGGAAGUUGUAGUCCCUGCGUUUGCCGAAAGUGUCAGCGAGGGCGACGUGAGGUGGGAGAAGAAGGUCGGCGAUCAGGUGAAGGAAGACGAUGUCCUCUGCGAGAUCGAAACAGACAAGACUUCGGUUCCUGUACCAUCGCCCGGAGCCGGCGUCAUAAAGGAGCUCUUUGUUAAGGAUGGCGAUACAGUGAAGCCGGGGCAGAAGCUGUGUACCAUCGACAUCGGCGCGACUGGCGGCGCAGUGUCCGCACCCGCGGCGAAGGAGCCUGCCGCAGCCGCACCAGCGGCGAAGGCGCCGAAACCCGCGGAAGCGCCGCCAGCAGCAGCAGCAGCACCACCACCUCCGAAAGCGGCACCUCCACCCCCGAGACCCGCGGCAGCGCCGAUUCCGCCUCCUGCUACUCAACCACCACCUCAACAAGCACCUAUCGCGUCCAUGCCAGUUGCGGCUAUCAAACAUGCCCAGUCGCUGGAAGGCGCGAAAGUUCAGCUACCUCCUGCCGAUUACACGCGCGAGAUAAUCGGCACCAGGACAGAGCAACGAGUGAAAAUGAAUAGAAUGCGUCUGCGUAUUGCAGAACGUCUGAAGGACGCGCAGAACACGAACGCUAUGCUGACGACAUUCAAUGAGAUCGACAUGAGUCGCAUUAUUGAGUUCCGAAAGACGCAUCAAGAUUCAUUCACGAAAAAGUACGGUAUUAAGCUCGGGUUCAUGAGCCCAUUCGUCGCGGCCAGUGCCUAUGCUCUGAAAGACCAACCCGUGGUGAACGCUGUAAUAGACGGCACCGACAUAGUAUAUAGGGAUUACGUAGAUAUUAGCGUGGCAGUCGCGACACCGAAAGGGCUCGUUGUACCAGUACUUCGCAGUGUAGAAAACAAAAAUUUCGCCGAGAUCGAGAUUGCUCUGGCCGCUAUGGGCGAGAAGGCCAGGAAAGGGAAGAUCACUGUUGAGGACAUGGACGGCGGCACCUUCACGAUAAGCAACGGCGGCGUUUUCGGCUCGCUGCUGGGAACUCCCAUCAUCAAUCCGCCACAGAGCGCAAUUCUCGGAAUGCACGGCGUCUUCGAUAGACCGAUCGCCGUCAAGGGAGAGGUUGUCAUUCGGCCAAUGAUGUACGUAGCCUUGACGUACGAUCAUCGGCUGAUCGACGGACGUGAGGCUGUAAUGUUCCUGAGGAAGAUCAAAGCCGCCGUGGAAGAUCCUAGAAUUAUCUUGGCUGGCCUUUAAUAACUUGAGACACGUUUAACGAUACAUACGAUCACACCGUGGAUGAACAAGAGCGCGCGCGAGAGUCUGGAAACUCGGCAGGGAGCCUUCCCGCUUCCGGAAACCUCUAAUCACAUUGAAACGUUUCCUCUAAGGAACGUACCUCCCGAUAUCUUGUUUCGUCAAUCUCUAAGCCGCACGUGGAAAAUCGUAACAAGUGCAGUUAUGAGCACGAAAAGCACGCAAACUAGUCCUAUCUGUUAUUCUUGAAUUUUUGUAACGAGAAUAUUCAAAGCGCAUUCUCAUUUUACGCAUGUUUACAAUUCGUACAUCGUCGAACGACAUAAUCUAUGUUAUUGAAAUUUCUGAAUGUGGUAUCCGAUAACGUUUGCCGAACCGAUAAUCGCGUUCCCGCGAGCAUUCAUACUUCUGUUGCGCGUCAUACAUUGAUGUUAAAGGGCGAAACGCAGAGAGGCUGGAGCCGAGGAAAGGCUAGAAGGUACUUAUCCUAAGUACUCUAGAUGUAGAUUCACAAGUUAAAAAAUAAAAUCUCACCAAUCUAAGUUUCUUAAGCGUUGUUGAAUUGCGCGUCACGUAAGAUAAGUAAUGCGACUCGCUAUUAAAAUAUUUAGAUAUUUAAAUACAUGAAAAUGAUAUUGUUUGCACUUGUACCAAGCAUCUGCGGAGAAGGGGUGGGGGGAGGGGGUAUUUGUUGCACGGGUAUUUGUUGCACGUGAGGAGUUUUACACUCGAAAGAAAGCGGGACAUUCGCGAUCUUGUAAAUCAAAAGUUAUUUAUUAAAUAAACAGAUAAAUCCAAUUAACUUGUGACGCGGCAUGUUUUUGUGACGGUGUAUGUAUAUGUUGGCGAGACGUGGAGGAAGAAGCGUUCAAUCACAUGCUAACAUACAAAAGUGGGAGCACACUGCCAAGUCUUGCGACGAAUGUUUUGAGCCGCUAUUCGUGUAUUCGAUGCGAAUCCAUUUGCGCUGUUCCGCGAUAACGGCGAGAGUUUUAUCUCGCGACUUUUUCAUCUAAGUACGAGACGUUUGCAUCACAGCUUUAUGCGUGAAGAUAUGCGAGUGCUCUUAGUCCCAUUGUAAGAUAUAUUGUAUAUCAUACGAUACUGUGUAUUAACGAGGAAAACGCAUAUAAAGCACGCUGAUUAAUUAACUUCGAA